GUCAAGUAGAUGCAAACGAUUUUGCAAAAAUGUUGCAUUCGAAACGACCUUCCGGAAAACAGUAUAAAAGCAUUAGUUACAUCAGAGCAAAGCAUAACAUAAGCGGUCAGUAAAUUUAAGAACUGAAAAUGAUUUCUAAGAUUACCAUUCUCUGUGCUGUAGCAGUCGCCUGCCAAGCUACUGGCAUCGGUCUAGUGAGUACAGGGGUUAGCUCCACAACAAGGCGCCAAGAUAACAACGGUAACUACGACUUCAGCUACGACAUCACGGAUGCUGAAGGUGCUUCCAAUUUCCGACGGGAAACGGGAGAUGCUGACGGAAACAAGCAAGGCUCCUAUGGUCUGAGAGAUACAGAUGGAAGAUCCCGCACCGUAGACUACAUUGCUGACAAACAAGGCUUCCGGGCUGUGGUCAAAACGAACGAACCAGGAACUGCUUUCAGCGCUCCAGCCGGUGCUGUCAUCGAUUCCCCUUACGACAUGCCGAAAGCUCCAGAACCCAUUGCACCAGCCCCAAUUCCAGAACAAGCUCCUAUUGCUGUUCCAGCUCCUGUUGCUCGUCCUCCACCAGUGGCUCACCCAGCUCCAAUCGGAGUCGCUUUCUCACCUGUCGCUCAGAGUCAUAGUAGUAGAGUGGACAUCGUCCACACUGUACCUGCAGCUCCAGUACACAUAGUUCCUAUGUCACCCUUCACACACGUUUAUCCAGCUCCCUUUAUUGUAAAUCCAGUCAUCAGCCGAUUCAGUUACGGGCACAGUGUGCUUGGAGGAAAAAGCUUCAUUAUUGGAAAGCACUAAGUGCUGCGAUAGUACAUUGGACAUUGUUGUGUUUUAGCUGAUUUUUUGGAUGCUCAGCUGGAUUUGAGCUUUUUUAGAAUUCGCUUUUGUGUCAAACGCUUUCACCGAAUU